GCCGGGCUGGGGAGGCGGCGGGCCCGGGAAGCGGCGCAGACGCGGCGCCUGCUGAGCGGGACUGAGCAGCAGGCCCGAGUGGGCGAGCAGCUGCUUCGCCAUGAACCCCAGGGGCCUGUUCCAGGACUUCAACCCGAGUAAGUUCCUCAUCUACGCCUGCCUGUUGCUCUUCUCCGUGCUGCUGCCCCUCCGCCUGGACGGCAUCAUCCAGUGGAGCUACUGGGCUGUCUUCGCCCCUAUAUGGCUGUGGAAGCUCCUGGUCAUCGCCGGCGCCUCGGUGGGCGCGGGCGUUUGGGCCCGAAACCCUCGCUACCGCACAGAGGGGGAAGCCUGCGUGGAGUUCAAAGCCAUGUUGAUCGCCGUGGGCAUCCAUCUGCUGCUGCUCAUGUUCGAAGUCCUGGUCUGCGACAGAGUGGAGAGGGGGACCCACUUCUGGCUGCUGGUUUUCAUGCCGCUCUUCUUCGUAUCCCCCGUAUCCGUGGCCGCCUGCGUGUGGGGCUUCCGACACGACCGGUCCCUCGAGCUGGAGAUCCUGUGCUCUGUCAACAUCCUGCAGUUCAUCUUCAUCGCCCUGAGGCUGGACAGGAUCAUCCAGUGGCCGUGGCUGGUGGUGUUUGUGCCGCUGUGGAUCCUCAUGUCGUUCCUCUGCGUGGUGGUCCUCUAUUACAUCGUCUGGUCCCUCCUGUUCCUGCGCUCCCUGGAUGUGGUUGCCGAGCAGCGACGAACACACGUGACCAUGGCCAUCAGCUGGAUCACGAUUGUCGUGCCCCUGCUCACUUUUGAGGUUCUGCUGGUUCACAGGUUGGACGGCCACAACACAUUCUCCUACAUCUCCAUAUUUGUCCCCCUUUGGCUCUCAUUAAUCACUUUAAUGGCCACGACAUUUAGGCGAAAAGGAGGCAACCACUGGUGGUUUGGUAUUCGCAGAGAUUUCUGUCAGUUUCUGCUUGAAAUUUUCCCAUUUUUACGAGAGUACGGGAACAUUUCAUACGAUCUCCAUCACGAAGAUAGUGAAGAUGCUGAAGAAACGUCACUUCCAGAAGCUCCUAAAAUUGCUCCAAUGUUUGGAAAGAAGGCCAGGGUAGUGAUAACCCAGAGCCCUGGAAAAUACGUUCCCCCACCUCCCAAGUUAAAUAUUGAUAUGCCAGAUUAAACUCGUCUUCUUGGGAGUGCUCACAAGUGGACUAGAAACCACACACACACACACACAAAAUCCACCUUACUAUGGCCUCUUUUGCUCAUCCAUCCCAAACCUGGAACUGAAAUCAGGCUCCAAACGUCAUUUCAUGCCUUGUUUGAGAUUGAUGCCUGUCAGUGACUCCUCAGUAUUCACCAUAGAUGUAGGAGGUUAUUUUAAUAUAUGGCCGUGUGUGCGUGUGCUGUGUGCCCAUGUGUGAGGAACUUGUUUUCCAGGCUGCUGUUUGAAUAGCUGACUUAGAGCAGUCAAUUGAAUUGUUUUAGCAGGUCCUCAAACUACACAGCUGGGGAUUUGUAAAGUGGUACCAUACCUAUCAAAAGUAUUGUUUUGAAAAGUAUUUUUAUACACUGCUAGCUUAAAAUUGUAUUUCAAACUGUGCCUGUUGUGACAUAAUCAACAGCAAGUGUUAAGAAUUCUCUCUCCCACCACUUGCUUAUAAAGCUCAUAGUUGUUAUUUUUGGUGUUCCUACUGUUAAAAUAGUUUUUCUUUGGGCUUUACUGAUGCUGGUCUUUAAUAGCAUAAUAGAUGAAUUUUUCUAAUGCAGUGAAUCCAUAUUUAUAUGAAAAUUUAGCAAUAUAAUAUAUUAUGUUGAAUUCUAGUUCUGUGCAGUACAGUGUAUUAUGUUAAAGUAUUUUUUUAAGUUUACAUGUGAAAAUAUAUGUCUAUUGCAGAUGUUGUUAAAGACUGCUUAAAACAUGAAUGUGUACCUAGUGUGGGAUCUUAUCAAAGUUCCAGGCAUGAAUACAGGGAUUGUAAGUCCCAAGGAUCUUAAUAUUCAGGUGUUAGAUGACUCAGUCUGCACAGUUUUCAGGUCUCUCUUGGAAGGAGCCACCAUCCUUUGGGAACAGAUGACAGGCUCCAGUGUGGUUCCAGACCAUAGAGUGACACUGGUAUUUAGCACCUUGAAUUUUUCCACACAGGCAAUGAUAUCUCUUCAGGAACAAGCAAAAUAAGCAACGAGUGGUUUGUCCAUUUCUAAGAUGCUUAAAAUCUUAGGUGGCCAUAAUAUAAAGUGGGGUUUAUACUUACCAAUGGAAAACUGGAGAGUGGCCUUUACCAAAAAUGGUUGACAGGAUCGAAUAUUAUUUUAAGGUCCAAACUUCUUGACCUGGCAGCAACAGGGAAAUAAUAGUUCAGAUUAUUUUUUAAAUAAGUACAGCUUUGCUUUAGGUAACUGGUGGUACGCCAGGGAAUCACAAGGGCAAAAACCAGGUCCCGGGAAAGUCAUGGUCUUAUGACAGAGAACAAAUAAAUACUUUCAAAAGGAGGUUAAAACUAAAAGGAGUAUUACUGUAGUAUGACAUUAUUACUAAGGAGAAGACUGGAGGGAAUCCAUUUCUGUUAUUAGCCACCUAGUAAAAAUGAUCUCGGCUGGGCUCCAAAUGAAUUAAGUAAAUUUCCAGCGAGAGGACAUGCUAGCAACAACAGCCAGCCCUUGGGAACCUGGGUCCCCAAAAGCCUGAAGAUGCCACAGCUCAGCUUAGUCACCUAGAACUGAACCACGGUCACACGGACACAGUUGAUUUAUGCCAGCCGUCAGAAUGUGGGACACAGCCCCCAGCAGCAGUGGAUGUAAUAUUUCAUAAGAAAGGAUUCAUUUAUUGAGGACCUACUGUGAGGCAGAUGUGCUGGGAGGUGCAGAUACACUGGGAAGCAACUCAAAUGUGGCUCCUGCCUGCACACACAAAGCAUACAAAAGUUAUAGGAAAACUGCUCAUCCCAGCAGCCUCCCCAUGGGAGGGACCAAGCCAAGAGCAGGGUACACAGGGAAGGAUGCUACUGGCCUCGGGUGACCCCCAUCUGGAACUUCAGGCGCAUCUUUGGCUUCAAGAGCCCUGUGCCCCCUGAUUGCCCCUCCACCCCCAAUUAAUAUCUCAGACAUUGGCUUCCACUUCAGGAAGAUUUAGGAGUGGAGGAGGAGGUUGCUGGAGCAAUUGAAGGGGAGGUUUGGGGGCAGCAGUGGGAUCAUCAGCCCCUCCUGGCUACAGUCGCAGGCUAGGGUUUUGUUGGCACCUGAAACAAUCCCUCCUAACCCAGUGGGUCCCUCCCUGCACUCACCCAACCCACCCCAUCUCUGCCCCAGGGUGGCCAAGUGUUGGAGAGCCAGUACCUGAAUGUGAUUACAAGCCUUCUCACGCAGGUAGGUCAUCCCAUCAGACCUCUUUCCUGCCUCAAGACCAUUAGGUGAAAACAUCCGAAGUGACAGGUUGUAGAAAGUUGGUCUAGACAAGUUCACACAAUCUCAGCUGUGCUUGGGAGUUACAUAAUUGCCGGUGUAACCCUUUAACUGUCCACACUAUUUAGCAUGUGUCAAAUUCUGUAACUCUCGAGUUUCUCCUGCAAGAUGUAUUAGUCAGCUUUUGCUGCAAAACAACCUCAAAAGUCUUAGCAGCCUGCAGUUACAGUUCUCACUCUGGGGCCUACGGCUCCAGGCUAUGGGUGUGGUUCAGGUCCGCUCCACCCCCAGUCCCUUAUUCUGUUCUGGGUCCCGGAGGAAGGAGGAGCAGUCCCUGGGGCUUGUUCUUUCUCAUGGCAGAAGCACACAAGGCCAAGCCAAUCCCAAAAGCACAAACAGGGCCCUGCUCAUACGUGAUGAGUGUCAGGUGGUUUAUUCUGUUGGACAAAGCACAAGGCAAGCACGAGCUCAACGAGGUGGCGGUUCAGGCCCAGGGGAUGAUGACCCAGUCUGCACAGAUGUUGCAAGAUAGUUUUGAAGACUGCAAAGCAACCCUAAAUUGUGUGGUAGAACAUGAAUGAUUUUCCCCCUUCUGUUUUACAAACACUGUAUAAUUUUUUAAAGUUCAUUGUUUAUUAUUUUAAUAAUUCGGAGGGGAUUUGGGGAGGGGUGGUAAGAGAGACAGAUUUGAGGUGAGAUAAGGAAGGCCCUGCAUUCAGAGCCCUCUUAAACUUGAGAGUCCUGGAGGGUCUGCACAGGAUGGUUUUAUGAGCGUCCUGUACUCGGGGUUUCUCCAGGGCUGUGCGGGAUGCCUUGGAAGGGUCUAGCCUGGGCACUGGGAGACCAGCCAGGCAGGAGGUGCUGGGAAAUGAGGAAGAAGUGGAGUCUGGACCAGCCGAGCCGGCACACCAGGUAAAGGACCAAGCAGACCCUCCGGGCCAGGCCUCCCCUGGGUUCUGGAUGAGAAACCGGCACGUCUGACUCAGCAGGGGAAGCUGUCUAGGGGGCACAGGUAACUUGCACAAUGCCAGGAAGGCUGGCGCCCAGCUCAGCAAGCGUGUAGGGACCAGGGGAAGUUGUGCUGCCAGAAACCCAAGCUAGUUAGUCCUUCAGGGACCAUUUGUUGAGGAUGCUGCUACUGGUAACCCACCGCUGGCCUCAAGACACUGCCACCAAAAUAACAAACGCCACCAGUGUCCCUGCUGCCAAGAGUAAUCCUUCAACUGUCUCUGCCAUGAGCUCGAUUAAAGUACCAGGAGGGAGUGUGGAACUGAGCAAACCUCAGGCACGCAUUUGCUCUGCAGCUUCCAGAAGGUGAGAGGAGAGAUUACCUGGUUUCUUUAGUGUGAGUAGGAGGGGACAGGACUUUGCCAAAACUUACUCAGUGGAGGCUUUGCCUCCCUCAGAAAAGGAAGGGUGUUCAGAUGCUGGGUAACCAAAGCUAACGAUGAAAGCGCCCCCCUGGCUGGCAGACGGACGUCCCUCUCCCGAGCUUUCACUUCAGAACCAGCUCUCCCAUCUGGCAGGACACCACUGACCUCACAGCCAGACAGUGGCUCUCCCCUUCCCAAAGGGAGGAGGAAGACAAGGCAGAGCUGCUUCAUCAUUCCUUCACGCACCUCUUAACCUAGGGCAUUCAGAGGCGUCUCUGCCUCCUCCCGUUGCAUCAUGUUCUCUCCGUAUAUUCUAGAAUGUGUGGAUUAAAGUUAACCACAACACGCCCCCUGCGGGUCCACAAGUGCCUCCCUUUCCCAACGACACCUCUGGGGGAAGCAGAUUCUUCCCACAGUCCUCACCCUGCAGAAGAGGAGACGCAGAAGCAGGGACCAGAGUGCAGCUGCCUGCUGUUAAGCCGGACUGUGAAGUUUUGCAAAAAUGCAAAAGCAGUGUCACUUGCCUCCUCACCAGAUUUCUUUUGUUUUGGAAAAUAUGGUUAUUUGUCAUUAAAAAAAAAAAGUUAACAUGUAA